UGCUGGCUCGAGCCAGUCCUUAUACGAGCAGCGCACAAACAGAAAGAAGGAAGCGUCGGCAUCAGAAGAAGGGACCUGAUACAGCUUGUCCAAAAAUAUACUCCUUUCUUUCUUUUAAUCAGAAUAUCUCAAAACGGUUUUACAUAUUGUCAGUAGUCUUUUUUUUUAGUAUUUCUUUUUGUAAAUCUCGCUGCCAUCUUUUUCCUCGGCUGCGAAACUGGUUGACUUUGACGCAAUAUGCCUUCUGAGAAAACCUUCAAACAAAGAAGGACAUUUGAGCAGAGAGUAGAGGAUGUGAGGCUGAUCCGGGAGCAGCACCCGAACAAGAUCCCUGUGAUCAUUGAGCGGUACAAAGGCGAGAAACAGCUGCCCAUCCUGGACAAGACCAAGUUCCUGGUGCCAGACCACGUUAACAUGAGCGAGCUCAUCAAGAUCAUCAGGAGACGCCUCCAGCUGAACUCCAACCAGGCUUUCUUCCUACUGGUCAAUGGCCACAGCAUGGUUUCAGUGUCAGCUGCCAUCUCAGAGGUGUACGAGCGUGAGCGGGACCAAGAUGGCUUCCUCUACAUGGUGUACGCCUCCCAGGAGACCUUCGGAAACAACAACGCGACCGCCCAAUGAACAGACCUUUCCUUCUGGUUUCACCUGGCCCAUGAUUGGACAAUGAUAGUUUUAACCCAUGUCCCCUCCAACUGUUACCAAGUCCUCAACCACACCAUCUGCUUGCAGUAUGCACACACGACAUUUCGAAUGUCGGGACAACACACACACACACACACACACACACACGCACAUACACACGUGUGUAUACACCUGCCAUUGAAGGGCUUGUAUAGUUUUUAGCCUGGUCCUGCUCCUUCUCCCACCCUCUAUAGUUUUUCCUCCUUAAACAAAACACACACACACACACACACACACACACACACACACACACACACACACACACACACACACACACAGUAGCAUAUUGCCACAUGUCAGUUGACUAGUUUGCAAUGAGGUGCAAUACAUACAACCACCCCUGUUCAUCGUUAAUGGUAGACAGAAGCCAUAAGCAACAGCAAAUGUAAAGCAUUUGUCCAUGUCUGACUAACUUUGAUUCACAACACACAAAGCUGCUGCCGGGGAAGGUCUGUUACUGGUUUUUAGCCGAAGCUGUAAGCAACUCCUUCAGCUGAUGACAACAGAAAAACAACUUCCUCCUUUUGCAUGUGAUCCUGUUGUCCCACAGUAAUCCCCGAGUUGAUUUCGUUUUUGCAGUAAUUUCUCUAUGACUUGGGGCAAUAGAGUUUCAUGUCCAUCUUUAUUUCCUCCUCAGUGGAGUCAUAUGUGCAGUCGUGACACUUUCCUGGUGAUUUUCCACCAUUCAGAGUAGUGACUCAUGUCUGCCCCUGGGUUUUAUGGUGUGACACCACCAGGGUAUUUACUUUCAGACGAUGGACGAUGACAACCUCAGUUUUAUGGUGUUUUUAGCAUCCCACACGAGGCACAGAGAGAGUUUUGUUAAGGGGGGGGGUGUCAUGGGUUGACGUGUUUUUAAGGAGCCUUUUCGUAAACGUCAAAGGUAAAGGUACAUCUUGGGGAUUCGAUGUCACAUGCCCAAAACAAUUUCUGCUUGAGAAAAAUACACACAAUUACACAGAUCAAGGAAUAUAUCCAGUAAAAAGUGCGUCUUUACUGCGUGUCACCUUGCCAUUUGCAAGGUUACUCCUUUUUUUGUCAAUUAUUUCCUGCAGAGGCCCUUUUUACAAUAUUGUUAUGUUCCUUGCCUUGUAGCUUAACAGAUCUGUGCAAUAAAAAAGAAAGAUGUGGGUACCGCCUGCAUCAUCUUAAACAGACAAGUUGUAGUCUGGGAAACGCCGAGUUGUACUGAUGAUGUUAACAAUAUGACUGACCGCGACAGGGCUGACGUCAUCGUUACAACCGGCGGAGUCGGGACACUAAUACGAGUGUGGUUUGGUUGCAUGUGUGAAAGUCACUUACAAUGAUGAAGAUGAUGAUGAUGAUGAUGUUAACAGAGACUGUGAUUAAUGAGGUGGAUGGUCAUGGGGAAGGCAGUGGCUAGUAAAUGAGCCUUGCUCCAGUGCCAUUGCUCGUCUCCCUUUCCUCAGUGCUUUUCUUCAUCACCUUGGCGACCACUCCAGAGAAAGUAUAGCGAGAUGCAGAAAGACGGGUUCAUGUGUGUGCAGACAGGCACGGGCAAGUUGCAAACGCUGUGGCACACUGUCCUGUUGUCUUUCUUUCUUUUGUGUGUGUGUGUGUGUGUGUGUGUGUGUGUGAGAGAGCUAAAACCAUCUUAGCGAUAUUGCUUAAAUCACUUCGUUCAAAUGGAGUAAAAUUUGUCAUGAUGUUAUAGGAGUCUUUGAAAGGAGUUGUAGUAAACAUGCUCGGUGCGAGCUGUAAUGGCCUCGCUCUGCAGGGAGAAAUGCAUUUCAACUAUCCUGUUUGGCUUUAGCUAGUUCUUUGCAUAUUAAAUGUCAUUUCUGUUGCCCCCGCCCUUGCUGUCGUCUCUUAAAAAAAAAGAACGAUGGCAUUUUAGAUGCUUUUAUAUUGCAGAAAUCUUUUUGUUUUGCUUAUUUAAUGUAAUUUCAUUUCCUCGUUUAACGUGUCUACACUUGCAGUCUGUGCAGUAACAAAGGUGUCUUUUCUUCUUCUCAGUGGUAGAGACCGUUGUGGGUUUGUAACGGAGGGGUGGAGCAUUUCCUUCAGCGCCGUCUCUCCGCCUGCCUCUCUGUUUCACACCAACAUCCUCACAUUUAAACAGCAAUAUCACAGCCUCCAGUAUUUAUGUUGGUAUUUUGUAAACAAUAAAAAGUUAAAAAAUGA